CACUCGCGUUCGUACCGUUGCAAAAGUCCGCGGAUGCAAGACGUAGCAGAAUGAGGGCUUUGUUGGCAUGCGUUUGUGCGCUGCUGGGCGCAGCGGAGGCCUCACGCACGGCGGCGCUAACGGAACCCUUCGGAAGCUUCCAGUCGCCCGACUUCCCGGCAAACUAUCCCGACGACACGCUACGUCAUUGGGAAAUCCGGGUUCCCCACGGCUUCCGCGUGCGACUCCACUUCAGCCAUUUUGACCUGGAACCAUCCGAGUCGUGCCAGUACGACUACGUCAAGGUGGAGGCCGGGGGCGGGGCUUCCCCUCUGGGCCUUUUCUGCGGGGGCGAGUCUUCAGACCCGGAGAAGGUUCCUGGCCCGGCACCGUUCGCUUCUCACGGAAAUGUUCUGAGCGUGGUUUUCUCGUCAGACUUCUCCAACCAGGAAAAGUUCUCAGGCUUCCGAGCUCACUACAGUGCGGAGGACGUGGACGAGUGCGCUGAGGGCGUGGAUGGGCGGGCCGCCUGCGACCACCUGUGCCACAACUAUGUGGGCGGCUUCUACUGCUCCUGUCGCCAUGGUUACUUGCUCCACCGCGACAAUCGCACUUGCGCAGUGGAGUGCAGCGGCCUGGUGUUUUCCGAGCGCACGGGUUCCGUCAGCAGCGUCAACUUCCCGUCGUCGUACCCCAAGAGUUCCGAGUGCUCGUACUUCAUCCGGGCGGCCCCGGGGCUCAAGCUGCGCCUCCACUUUGACCGCAACUUUGACGUGGAGGACCACCCGGAAGUCACGUGCCCGUACGACUACGUCAAGAUCCAAACGGCCGCCGGAGAGUUUGGACCGUUUUGCGGUCGCCAAUCACCCGGCGUCAUCCAGACGGACGCCGACGCCGUUGCCAUCUUGUUUCACAGCGACGACACAGGAGAAAACAUCGGGUGGAGGAUCACGUACACCGCAGAGGAGGCAGUAAGUCAGUGUUCGUUUCCAGCGCCCGCAUUCAACGGCACGGUGACACCGCUGCGGUCGGCGUACUCGUCCGGAGACCGCGUCCGCGUCUCGUGCUGGCCGGGCUUUGCGCUUAUCAAGGAUGGCGAGCGUGCGGAUGGCGACUUUGAGCUUCGAUGCCGGCAGGACGGCACCUGGAACGCCGCAGUCCCCGUCUGUCAAAGGGUGGAUUGCAGCGGUCCGGCGGCGGCGGGCGGAGCCCGAGUCGCGCUCGGUGGCCACGACAACGGAACCCGACUUGGCCCCGCUGCCGAAGCGUCCGUCUGCCAAGAGCGCCCCCGACAAUUAGCCCCCGAACACGCGUGCGGCCGUCCGUCCCGUCCUCUGGCCGUCCAGGUGAAGCGCAUCGUCGGCGGUCGCGGGGCCGAGCCCGGAAACUUCCCCUGGCAGGUUCUGCUGAGCGUGGAGGAUUUGAGCCGCGUCCCUUCGGAUCACCGCUUCGGUUCGGGUGCCCUGCUGUCGGACGUGUGGAUCCUGACCGCCGCGCACGUCCUGCGGUCCCGCCGCCGCGACGCCCGCGUUGUCCCCGUGGCCCCCGAACACGUUAAGGUGUUGGCGGGUGCGGUGGACGUGCGGGACAAGCGGGCGUCGGCGGGCCUGGCCGUGUCGCAGGUGCUCAUCCAUCCCGACUUCCGGCCCAGCGACUUCGACAACGACGUCGCCCUGGUCAAGUUGACUGUCAGGGUGGAGCUCAACAACGCCAUCCGUCCCAUCUGCCUGCCGCCGCCACCGCAGGGGGACGGCCCCUCCCCACCGCCCCACUCUCUGGGCGCGGUCGCCGGAUGGGGCGUGUCGCUCCCCGACGUGACCUCCGACCUGCUGCAGUUUGUCUGGCUGCCGGUGGUACCGCAGGACGAGUGCCGCGCCAGCUACGCGGCACGGGCGGGGGCCUAUAACAUUAGCGACAAUAUGUUCUGCGCCGGUUUCUACGAAGGCGGCCGCGACACCUGCCUGGGCGACAGCGGGGGCGCCUUUGUUGCCCAGGACCCCGUCAGCCGGCAGUGGACGGCGCUCGGCCUGGUGUCGUGGGCGGGGCCCGAGGAGUGCGGCAGUCGUAGGGUGUACGGCGUCUACACUCGUGUCAACAAAUACCUUAAAUGGAUAGAGCAGCACCUCCUGCUGGUUACAUGACCACAUCACAAACUCUUGCAAUUCGAGCACGACUACGUAGGCUGAAGAUAGAGAGGAUGCUGUGGCUGACAUGUAGCCAAAAUAGCGCUAGCAUAGCUGCGCCUGCUAACUACAGGAAAGUCAUUGCAGACAUUUUAAAAAGUUUGAGAACAAAACGAAAACAUUCUCGAUGUUGUUGAAAAACUGCCCGUUUACUUCAUGUUAUCAUGUACAGUGCAUGUGUUCAUAAUAGCUGUAUUUCAAGGCAUGACAUGUUAAGUCACAGAUAUUUGGAAGUAACAAAUAUUAAAAGGAAACCAACUUAUGGGUUGGUCUAUGAA